AUGUUCGCAGUUGUGCAACUUCACAGAGAAGAUUCAUCUUGGAAGAUCAUAGAAAGAAUUUGUGAAACCAAAUAUAUGAACCCUCAAACUACUGAAACCAAUGAAGCAGCACAUAUAGAAUGUGUCUUAAAAGUUCUUACCACUCCACAAACACUCGCUUCCUUUGAGGAAUGCAGAGAAAGAGUGAGAAACAUAGCUGAGAACAUGCAACCUCGAUGCAUAGCUGAUGGAAAUGAAGUCAUGAGGUUUUAUGGAACAACCAUUGCAUGCUCCCUUGGUCUAGUAAAUUACUCUUCUACCCUCAGCUGCACUUUAGAACAAUGUGGUUUGUGCCAAAUUCUGAAGCAUGGUUUCAACGCAAACCAGGAAUUCCAUGGUGAACGUGGGGUUCUCACCACUGCUACAAGUGAUCAAGCCUUUGAUUCCAUUAUUUUAUUUGAAUCAACUGAAUACGACCAGGAAGCAUUACCAAUAUUGAGGAAGUGUGUUAUAGUGUGCAGAGUAAUUGCUGGAAGAGUUCAUAACCCUUUGCAAGAGAUUCAGGAAGAGACUGAUUUGGGUUUUGAUUCAUUGAUCAAGAAAAUAAACCGUGACUCAUCAGAUAUUGAAGAACUCUGUAUUUUGAAUCCUAGAGCUAUAUUACCUUGCUUUGUGGUAAUCUAUAAUGCGAUGCUUAGGAGAAGCAAUUUUUAA